AAUUAGAACGCGACUGCUCCAAUCAGAAUUUAGAAUCAAAACUGUCAGUUAUUUAUUGGUUUAUUUUUUACAUCUUGAUAUAGUAAAUCAGUUAAGCUCAGUUUAUAUAAACCUCCACCUGAGCGCUAUCCAGUCACAGGCCGCACUGGCUGACCGCUGAGAGCGCGCGCGCGCUACACACACUCGCUUCAUUGGACAAAUACAAGCUGAGCGCAACAGUAGCCACCGUGACUGGAGAUCUGAGAGAGCAACCGCCGCGAAUGACAGCAUCGCAGCGUCCAUUCGAGGCGAUAAACACAUGUUUGACCGUUUUAUUUCUGUCGAGGGCUAAGAAUGUGUGUAAAGCUGACGGUUCAGCCACAAGCCAGGAAUGAAGACGCUUCAGACGCAUCUACUCACUGACUGGGCACCGCGUUUCGAAGACGAACCCGAGCUUCGGCCGUUUGGACAGACCCGACAACAACCGAAUAUAUCCAAGACAGCCGCUUCGGUAUCUCUUUAUACCUGUGGGACUCCGUUUUGCUGCUAAAUCCAUUCAUUAACACACAUUUUUAUUGGGCUGUACUGACAGGCACGUUUGUCAGCGUGUCAGUCUAGUGCGCUUGAUGCUUGCAUGCAAAGCUUGAUGGAACUUGCCAGGUAAACACAGUUUUACCUAAUUCUUGUAUCGAUUGUUGUUUACUUUUGCAUUAUGUAGCUAUAAUAGUAUAAUCGGACAUUUGUAACAGGCGUUUUUAUGAGCGAUAUCUAAAGCAAUCUAAAAUGUUGUCUUAAACUAAUAAUGGUAGAGGCUUAUAGAGAUAUGACGGGCUGGAUGGCGUUCCACAUCCGCGCGCUGUCAUCCCCACACCGGGUAAAGUGAACGGCACACCGGGGAAGAGAGGCUUUAAAAUCUGUUCACGUCAGACUGCACUAAAACAUACAGGAUAAACGAUGUCUAAAACACUGAAGAGGAAGAAACACUGGUCUACCAAAGUACAGGAGUGCGCUGUGUCGUGGGGAAGCGUUGGGGAGUUCGGUGAUGUUGUGGAGAUCCUCGGAGGCGCCGAGCUCGGGGAGUUCCCGUUCCUCGGUCAAAUGAACUUAGACGUGUUGGUGUGUCACGUCGGGAGACUACCGUACUACGGGGAUGUGUUACUGGAAGUGAACGGGACACCUGUCAGCGGGCUGACGAACCGAGACACUCACGCCGUGAUCCGCCACUUCCGAGAGCCGAUCCGAAUCAAGACCGUCAAACCAGGUAAAGUGCUGAAUGCUGAUUUGAGGCAUUAUCUUAGCCUGCAGUUCCAAAAAGGAUCAAUCGACCACAAACUGCAGCAAGUGAUCCGAGACAACCUGUACCUGCGCACCAUCCCAUGUACCACCCGGCUGCCCAGAGAUGGGGAGGUUCCAGGAGUGGACUAUAAUUUCAUCAGCGUGGGGGAUUUUCGCAUCCUGGAAGAGAGUGGAUUACUACUGGAGAGCGGAACAUAUGAUGGUAACUUCUAUGGCACUCCUAAACCUCCUGCGGAGCCCAACUUGAUUCAGCCUGACCUGGUCGACCAAGUUUUAUUUGAGGAGGAUUAUGGCACCGAAGUCCAACGAAAGCGAACGACCUCUGUCAGCAAGAUGGACCGCAAGGACAGUGUGGUCCCCGAGGAGGAAGAGGAUGAGGAACGGCCACAGCUCCCAAAUGGCAUCCCAGAGAGGACAGAGGAGUGGAGGAAAGCUGUGCCCAGUUACACUCAGUCCAGUGGUGGAGGCAGAGCAGGUGGCAGUGGGACACUAGAAGUCCACACCUGGAGCUCUUUAGCCAGAGAUGAAAGCCUGGAGCCACUGCCGUACAACUGGGAAAUGGCCUACACAGAGACGGGCAUGGUCUACUUCAUAGACCACAACACAAAGUCGACUACAUGGUUGGACCCGCGUCUGGUCAAAAAAGCCAAGCCCCCUGAAAAGUGUGAGGAUGGAGAACUUCCAUAUGGUUGGGAGGAGAUUGAUGACCCGCAGUACGGCACAUACUAUGUUGAUCACAUAAAUCAGAGAACCCAGUUCGAGAAUCCAGUUUUAGAGGCCAAGAGGAAACUCGGUUUGGACACUGCAGGCGCAAUUCAGACCCAACAGAGGGCAGCACCUCCUCCAGGUGGAGCGGCUGGUACGCCCGGAUUCACACGGGACCCAACCCAGCUGAAGGGGGAGCUGUAUCACACGGCUCUCAGGAAGAGCCAGCAGGGCUUUGGUUUCACCAUCAUUGGUGGAGACCGACCCGAUGAGUUCCUGCAGGUGAAGAACGUUCUUGCUGAUGGCCCGGCCGCACAGGACAAAAAGAUGGCCUCUGGUGAUGUUAUUGUGGAAAUCAACGGCACGCUUGUCUUGGGCAAGACUCAUGCAGAUGUGGUUCACAUGUUCCAGUGCAUCCCAAUCAAUCAGUAUGUGGACAUGGUCCUCUGUCAUGGAUACUCGCUCCCCCCUGAUGUGGACGCUGACAGCGAGGACCUUCCACCUCCACCUCCACCCCCGACCGGAGAGAUCGUAACCGCCAUACCCCUCAUCAACGGACAGCCACUGCUGGUCAAAGGUGACGCCCUUCACGGCUCCUCCCAAGAGCUUCACUACGUAACCACAGAUGCCAGUGGACGGCCAGUGAUCGCUGCACUUCCAGGAGGUGCCAAUGACAGGCCCGAGACUGGGAUGCUACAGCCGGAGCUGGUGAGCGUGCCAAUCAUGAAGGGACCUGGAGGAUUUGGCUUUGCCAUUGCAGAUUGUCCGCUAGGGCAGAAGGUGAAAAUGAUCCUGGAUGAGCAGUGGUGCCGAGGCCUGCUGAAAGGAGAUGUGAUAAAGGAGAUUAACAGGCAGAAUGUGCAAACACUGAGCCACACGCAGGUGGUGGAUAUACUGAAAGACCUCCCUGUGCACAGCGAGGUGAAUCUGUUGGUGUUGAGAGGAGGUCAGACAUCGCCGGUGAAGAGUUUAAGACCUAGAGCGGGGUUGAGUGCCAGCACUGAGACUCUGGACCGUUGCCAUGACACCAUGGUUCCCCAGGCCUUGACCUAUCAUUCAAAGACACUGCCAUGUAGCUCUCCAAAACAGGACGCUUCGCUCCACUACAGAAAACCCAAAGCCUUGCAGGAAAGCAUAGUGCCACACUAUAAAGAGUUGGACGUGUUCAUCAAGAGAGAACAGGAGACAGGCUUUGGCUUUCGUGUGCUUGGAGGAGAAGGCACUGAACAUCCAGUCUACAUUGGUGCCAUCAUUCCCCAGGGGGCGGCAGAGAAGGAAGGCCGGCUGAGGGCUGGAGAUGAGCUAGUUGGCAUCGAUGGCAUCAUUGUAAAGGGGAAAUCUCACAAGCAAGUUCUGGAUCUGAUGACUAAUGCAGCACGCAAUGGACAAGUGCUGCUUUCAGUGCGCAGGAAGGUCGUUUUCAAAGAUGCCCUGGAGGAUGCUGGGAGUGGAGCGCUGACCCUUGUGAAUGGCUCACCUCGGCUUCCACGUAUCCAGGUGCCAAGCGUCAAGGACCAGGGGUCGUUUGACAUCACGCUCCAUCGUAAAGAUAAUGAGGGCUUUGGCUUUGUCAUUCUCACAUCGAAGAGCAAACCGCCACCUGGAGUGAUUCCUCAUAAGAUCGGUCGAAUAAUCGAGGGCAGUCCGACUGACCGCUGUGGAUUGCUGAAUGUGGGUGACCGGAUAUCUGCUGUGAACAGCCAGUCCAUUGUGGAGCUCUCCCACAAUGAUAUUGUUCAGCUUAUCAAAGACGCAGGGAGCUCUGUCACACUCACCGUGGUUCCUGAGGACGAGUACAAAGGCCCCCCAUCAGGAGCCAGUUCAGCCAAACAAAGUCCCGCACCGCAGCACAAGAUUCUCCAGUCCAUUCAGGAUGAGAGAUAUAAUUUGGAUAUGGAUGAGAUCAGGGAUGAGCUUGCACGGAUGGAGUAUAAAGCUCUUCCAAUGAGUGAACAGGGAACGCUGUGUGUCGCCAACUCCAAACAGGGCUGUAUUCCAGUAGAGUUGGAGCGUGGACCUCGUGGUUUUGGCUUCAGUCUGAGAGGAGGAACGGAGUAUAAUAUGGGCCUCUACAUCCUGCGGCUGGCUGAGGACGGCCCAGCUCUACAGGACGGCAGGAUACACGUCGGAGAUCAGGUAGUGGAGAUCAAUGGAGAGCAGACGCAAGGCAUCAGUCACACUAGAGCCAUUGAGCUGAUCCAAGCUGGAGGAAACAGAGUGCUACUGUUACUGCGACCGCAAGCGCUCUUACCAGAGAACAGUUCUGCUGGAAAUGUUAUCCUUCCUGAUCCGUCGAGAUCCAACACUUCCAACAUUCCUCUCAGUGCUCCUCUCCUUCAUCCGUCAUCCACCUCAGCGAAGAAGGAAACUUCAGACCUGACAAGCUCCGUUGCCCGUUCUCGCCGCUCCUUGGAUCUGGCCUGUGAGGAUCCUCGCUCUAAAGACGGCAAGAGGGAGAAACGUGCCAAACCGCAAAACACCAGCUCUUCCAGAGUCCCGCAGCAACGGCGCAUCAAGAGUCGGUCCGCAGAGAAUCUCCUUGAUCUCGGAGAUACAGAGAAAUCCAAAAGCCCAUCCAAAGCCAAAGACAAAGCUCACAGCCACAAAGAAAAUCUACAGCAAAGCGCUCGAGACUCACACAGGAACAGAAAGACCACCAAACAUAGUCGCUCAGUCAGUCCCCAGAAGUCAAAGCGUGAAGGACCGGAAGCGGUAACUGGCGAAGCGCAGGGACGGAAAGAGGACCGCCACGUGAAAGGGAUGCCAAGCGUGGACCAGAGACAAAGUGAUGCUGAACGGAGGAAAAAACAGGAAUCUAGAGGAAGGAAGCGCAAUGAGAACCGAGAAGGAGAGGAGAGGUGGAAGGCUGAGAGAAAAGUAAGAAGCAAAGGAGCGGAUGAAGCAGCUGAUCCAAAAGGAGAAACUGAGCUCAAAAGCACCCAAAAGAAGAAAAAACAGAGAGAUAGAGACAUCCGAAAUGAAAACACCCACAUAGAGGAGACAAGAGAGGGAGACAAGAAGAGCAAACACUCAAAGGAUAAGGGAGAUCAAAAGGAAGAAAACAGGAAGGACAUGAUUAAAGACAAGACUGAAAGAAAAGGAAAUGAGAGUACAGACAGGAACGACGACAUUGUCACCACAGAUGCAGCUCCAGGCACCACCAGGGCGAGUCUAGUCCUUGACCACCCUGGACCCUUGAGCGACGGCCUCUGGAAGAUCCCUAGUUUUGCUCGUAUCCUCACGCAUGAGGAAGCAAUGCGAGAUGUUUGUGAAUAGUUUGGCGAUCCUUGGGAAUAGAAGGUUUAAAACCAGAAACGUGCAACUACGUGAAUGUAAACGCUUUAAGCUAAGAUUUCACACAGUUCAUCAUGGAUUGCAAGUACGCUACAUGAUCAGCAUUUCAGCACUAUCAUGGGAAUUAGCACAAAUUUAUUAGAUGAGCAAGUUAAUUAAAAUGUUGAGAUGUUUAUAGCUAGCUAGCUACCUAACAUUCAGUGCAUAGGCAAAUCAUUCACAAGUACUUUCCAAGAGGAUGUUUUUGGACUUCCACCUCGUUUUUCUCCCGGUGGUCUCCCAACAAGUCGCUGACCAGGCUUACACCUGCUUCGCUUCAGAGCGCAUCAUGUGAACCAUAUUAAUGUCCUUUUCUUUGGACAGUGGUCAGCAUGAGCUUUUUAUUCCAAUUAUUCAAAAAUGUUUGUAAUAAGCAGUCUCAUAAACAGACUAAUUCGACAUGAUGUUUCAUCUAAACUGCUUUAUGGAGAUCUUAUGGAGCUUAAUCGUCUUGGACAAGCAAUUUCUGAAGCUUUGUGGUCAAAUGCAUGGAGCUCCAUUUUGUCCGGACAGACUCGUUUAAACUUGCUUUAUGCCAGCUGACAUUAAACAACAUGAGGACUCUCUCGUCAUCACAAUGCAAUCCUUCCUUAUGCAACUUAAGGGAUCAUGCCCCACCAAUCACCAAAACGACAAUGAAAGUUUUUGUUUCUAUUAUAAAGGCACGUUCUUACCCCAAAGAAUCAUUUUUUCCCGCGCAUGCAAAGUAGAACACACAAACUCCUUGUUUUGUUGCAUGCCUUUUAGACCCAUGCAGUUUGACUCUAAUGUUUUCGAAUGGUGUAAAUAAGGACUGUCUUGAAGAUUGGCGGCUUUACCAGGGACUUUUCAGACUGUUCUCUCACAUUCCCAUGUCUUUGAUUCCCUGAUCUCCAAAUAUUAUAAAUGCAAAUGACCAGAAA